UCAAAUUUAAUGCCUCUGUUUUUGAGAAACCACUGCACUUUGAAGACAAAGUAGAACUAAGUCAACCUAAAUUUUGUUCUUUGCGUGGAAGGAGACGAGGAGUUGGGCAUUCCCGCCAAAAUAAUCCCAAAUGAGAUGAGUUCAUGGCAAAGAAACUCCCUCCUUUAUAUGCAAAUCAGUUCCAAACCUUUUUCUCUCAUCAAUCUACUUCAACUCUGCAGCAACUCCAGAUCGCUAAACCAAGGCCAACAAGUUCACCAGCAAAUCACAGUGUCCGGAUCACACUAUGAUUCCUUCGUGGUCACCAAAUUGAUCCAAAUGUACGCAGAUUGCGACGAUUUGACAUCAGCUUAUAAACUAUUUGAUAAAUUGUCACAACCAAAUGUUUUUACGUGGACUGCUAUUGUUGGGUUUUAUUUGAGACAAGGUAUGUAUGAGAAAUGCAUACGGAAUUAUGGGUUGAUGAAAUUUAGCGGUGUUUUUCCUGAUAACUAUGUGUUUCCGAAAGUCCUAAAAGCUUGCGCAUACUUGUUAUGGUUGGACGGGGGAACUUGGAUUCAUAAAGAUGUGAUUGUUUGUGGGUGCGAGUUCAAUUUGCAAGUUUGCAAUUCCUUGAUUGAUAUGUAUGCGAAAUGCGGAAGUAUUAAGAGCGCGAGGUGGGUUUUUGAUGGAAUGGGAGAGAGAGAUCUUCUGUCAUGGAAUUCGAUGAUUUCCGGGUAUGUGUAUAAUGGGUUGCUAGAUUCGGCGGUGGAGCUUUUAAAUUUCUUGAGAUUGAAUGGUUUUGAGCCUGAUGUUGUUACUUGGAAUACUUUAAUUGAUGCCUAUUGUAGAAUGGGGCUUUUUGAUGAAGCUUGGAAAGCUUUUAAAAAUAUUGAACAUCCCACUAUCAUCUCUUGGACCACUUUGAUUUCAGGUUAUUCUAAGAUUGGAGAGCAUGAAAAAUCAUUGCGGAUAUUCAGAGAGAUUGUUUCUGAAAGAAUGGUUUCCCCUGAUAUAGAUUGCCUUUCUCGUGUCCUUGUCUCAUGCCGCCACCUUGGUGCUAUUAGGAGAGGGAAAGAACUUCAUGGUUUUGGGAUAAAAAUGGAAACUACAUCUGUAUUUUACAGUUCGGCUGGUGCUACUUUGCUUGUAAUGUAUGCUAAAUGUAGGAGAAUUCAGGACGCUAGAAAUGUAUUUGAACUGAUGGACAAAUCUGAUGUUGUUACUUGGAACGCCAUGAUUCUUGGUUUUGUUGAGCUAAAGUUGGGGCAAUUAGCCCUUGAAUGUUUUAUUGAAAUGCAAAGAUUGGGUCUUAUGGUUGAUGAGGCAACAAUAUCUGCCCUUUUGCCAGUGUGUGGUUUGAAGCAUGGAAAUCAAAUUCAUGCUUACAUCUUGAAAGACAACUAUCUCAAUUCAGUUGUUCCGAUUUGGAAUGCAGUGAUUCACAUGUACUGCAAAUGUGGAAGCAUUAGAUCUGCAUACUCUGUAUUUUCUGGCAUGGCCAUCAGAGACAUAGUUUCAUGGAACACAAUGAUUGGAGGAUUUGGUAUGCACGGACUUGGUCUGGCUGCACUUGAACUUCUGCGAGAAAUGAACCGGACAAGCCUUCGUCCGAAUUCUAUGACUUUCACUUCUUUACUAUCAGCUUGUAGCCAUUCAGGUCUAGUGGAUGAGGGGCUUAAACUCUUCCAGAAAAUGACUGAAGACUAUGCAUUGACACCAAGAAUGGAACACAAUUCUUGCAUUGUUGACAUGCUAGCUCGUGCUGGUCAGUUUGCAGAUGCUGUGACAUUCAUUCACAAAAUGCCUGUGGAACCUGACAAGUCUAUCUGGGGAGCUUUACUAGCUGGCUGUGGAGCCCAUCAAAACAUCGAAGUCGGAAAGCUGGCUGCUGAAAAUUUAAUCCGCUUGGAACCUGAACAAGCAGGACACUAUGUAACAUUGUCAAAUAUAUAUGCAACAGCUGGAAGAUGGGAUGAUGCAGCAAGGGUGAGAACACAAAUGGAAAGCAGAGGACUUGUUUAUCCAUUAGGGCAAAGUUGGAUUGAAACAGGAAAUAGGGAAAAUGUAAAUCACAACUUUGAAUAAUAUUUUCUAAAUCAUUUGAGAAUGCUGAAAGCAAUAGGCAAGUUCUCUAGUCUUGCAUAUUCCAGAUAUUUGAAUUGCAGUGUGAUAUAAUGGGCCUUAUCACCAUGGGCUAGGAGCAAUUAGUUACUAUGAAGCCCAAGUCCUAAAAUGAAUAGAUUUGAAGUAUUGGGUAUGAAGUACUUAAUGAAGCCUCCUAAUUUAUUGUUAUUAAAUGUUACCCAUCAACAUAUAUUUUAUGGGAAUUAUGAAAAAUUGUGUAUUUAUUAAUUUUUGAUAUCAUGUGUGGAUUUUUGAAUCCCAUCCAAUGAUAUUGGAAUGUAAGAGGCUUUAACUCAUCUUGUUAGGCAGUAUCCUCUCCAAUCUCCAUUGGAAUAUAGGAGAGGUCACUCUCAGGAGUUGAAUU